CAGAAGUGUUGUGAACACUGUUGCAUUGUGGGACAGAUGAUUGACGCGGCGGCCAUUUUCCCGCUGGACGCUGCUUCCUAUUGUGGAUACGAAGAAGAAAAUAGUCAAGCCAAACAUUUCUCACGACUUCAACUCACUUUUCUUCUAGGUGAUCUUUAGUAGCCAUGGCCCGUACCAAGCAGACUGCCCGUAAGUCCACUGGAGGCAAAGCCCCACGUAAGCAGCUGGCCACAAAGGCAGCUCGCAAGAGCGCACCUUCUACUGGUGGUGUGAAGAAGCCCCAUCGCUACAGGCCUGGCACUGUGGCUCUGCGUGAGAUCCGUCGUUAUCAGAAGUCCACUGAGCUGCUGAUCCGUAAGCUGCCCUUCCAGCGCCUGGUCAGAGAAAUCGCACAGGACUUCAAGACCGAUCUGCGUUUCCAGAGUGCAGCCAUCGGAGCCCUGCAGGAGGCUAGCGAGGCCUACCUUGUGGGUCUGUUUGAGGACACCAACCUGUGCGCCAUUCACGCCAAGCGUGUCACCAUCAUGCCCAAAGACAUCCAGCUGGCACGUCGUAUCCGUGGGGAGCGCGCUUAGAUGCUCCUCGUGGUCUUUCUCCUUUUCACCUUUUCCUGCCCUCCCUUCACCAGUCCGUCUCUCCGUCCUUCUGCCACCUGCUCCCUCCUUCUCUCCCUCCCCGUGUUAGUAGUGUGUAGAGGAAAACUGAUUAUAUUAUGAAAUAAAGUGUAUAGUCGUGUUUUUCUUAGUGCUCUUGGCAGCAGACUUCUAGGGUACUCUCUUUUUGUGCAUGUACCGACUCUUUGGUGAUGAGAUCUCCUCAAGCACACGUCUGCCAGUUUGCACUGCUUCUCAUCUGCCUCUCUUUGAGAGGAUGAUUUUUGGAUCGAAUAAGGAAAAAAAAACAUGGAGUAGAGCAGUGCAAAUUUGGGAGGGACAGACAGGAGGAGAGGAUGGGUAUUUGUCUGCUGGGAGACUUGUGUCUCUUUUCUGCAGCAGGGUGCUAGAAGAACAUACCUGGUCCUCUUCUCCUACUUUGAAUCCUCUGCCAGCCUCGCUCCAAAGUGUGUAGAGACAACGGUGUUUGUCCCUUCUCAUGACGGCCAAGGCUGGACUUCCUGUCCCUGUAUGUGUCUGCAUGAGUGUUGGCUCUGAUCACCACAGCAAAUUGUAUACAAUCCAUCAGUAUCUUUGGAGAAAUUGAUUUAUGAUUACCAUAUUGAUCAUUGCUGUCAUUCAUCCUUUUUUUUGUUUCUGAGUAAGUCUCAUGCACAGGAUUUUUUUUUCUCACCUAAACUAUUUGUGGAUAACAUGGAGAUGGGGGGGAUAAAUCAGUGUAAAACACCUACAGAGAACAAAAGCAAAAACAAACAAAAAAAAAAGGUUUGAACAGAUUUUUUCUACUGAACUGUGAAGCUACUGACUCGUGGCACCAAAGUUGGAUCCUCUUGUAAACACACUUUUCCUAACAAAGAAAAAUUUGACCUCACCUUUUUUGUGGUGUUCAAAUUGGUUUCAUCUAAUUACUUAAAGCCAAAGCGUGAGAGCUCAAGUAUGGUGUCAGAAAUACCUUUUUUAGCACUGGCUCAUUUUUUAAUUAAGGACCUUUUUAUAACAAAGGUUCUUCAAGGUUUGUAAUAUUAUCCAUAACCAAAAGCUCUAAAAGUGUGAAAAAUCAUUUUUUAAAAUUAAAAUGUGAAAAUAUAUUGUAAAUCAGUGUUACAUUACAAAUAAUACUGAUUGUGUUUUCUGUAUACCCCACCCCUCCACCCCCUUCUUUUUUUUCCUCUGAAUCAGUUGAUCGUCUGUAUACCGUUUCUCAGGUUGACUCGUCACCCUUUUAACUUAAUUUUUAUUUUUUGCUCAGUUUGUUUGGGGUUUUUUUUGUUUGUUUUAUUUUGUUUUUGAAAUGUUGAGGAUAAUGUUUCAAUUAAACAAUGUUUGUAAUUUCCAGAUUUGUCAUAUAAGGUGGUAAUAAAUGGAUGUUACACACACUC